AUGAGUAGAACUACUAGCCCAAAUAAUCCUGUGAACUAUCUGAAUAAUAUUACUCCUUGUAUCACAGAUGCUGAUAAUUGUAUGUUCAUUGCCUGUCCCUCUUAUGAUGAAGUUAAGAAUACUGUUUUUGCUAUGAAACCAUGGACCACUCCUGGUCCAGAUGGUUUUCCUGGAGGUAAGUUAUAUUAUCCCCAAAGAGGUUUGAGACAGGGAGAUCCUCUAUCUCCAUACCUCUUUAUUCUUUUUAUGGAAGCCUUUAGUAGAGAUCUAAGAUCUGCUGAAGAUUCAAAUUUGAUUAAUGGAUUUCAAGUUACUAAGGAAGCCCCUCCUAUCACCCAUUUAUUUUUUGCAGAUGACUGCUUUGUGUUUAUUAAAGCUAGGAUCCAGGAAGCAAAUCAAUUAGCUAAAAUUAUUGACCAAUUCAGUAAAUUUUCAGGUCAAGCUGUCAACUUUGGCAAAUCAGCUGUGGCUUUUAGUCCUAAAGUGCCAGGUAACAUUAAGAACACUAUUUCAGAAAUUUGGAAAGGUAAGUUUGUAACCCCUCUUGGUAGAACAGUGCUUAUUCAAUCUGUUUUAUGUAAUUUUGCUAACCGUCACCUUGAAGUAUUUCCUAUGCCUAAAACCAUCACAGAUAAGAUGGAUUCAGUUCAAAUGAAUUCCCAAUGGGGUAAAGAUGAAAAAGGAGGAGGAAUUUAUCAUAAAAUAUGGCUUGAUUUAGCACUUCCCAAAAAUCUGGGAGGUCUCAACAUUAGAAGGACAAACAUUCUUAAUCUUGCUCUGCUCACUAAGUUAGCAUGGAGAAUGCUAACCCAACAAGAUGAGAUGUGUGUUCAAAUUUUAAGUUGCAAAUACUUUAAAAAUACUAAUCCUCUUAAUGGUGUUGUUUCUUCUCAGGGAUCUUGGAUUUGGAAAGGUAUUUGUCAUGGGCUUGAUAUAGUUAGAAGAUACUAUGUUUGGGAGAUAGGAGAUGGAAGUCAAGUAGAUAUCUGGAAAGAUAAUUGGAUUUCUAAUAAAAACAAACCACCAGAUAGUACCUUCUACUCUUCUAACAUGAAAAAAGUCAGUCAACUUAUAGAUCAUGAGUCUCAUGCUUGGAAUUGUGAUACUCUUAAUGCCCUAUUUGAUGAGGAUACAGUCAAUGAUAUUAUGAAAAUUAUAAUUCCUCUCAAUGGUCAGGCUCAGCUCAGAUGGCCACCUGCUCACAAUGGGUCAUACAUGUUUACAGUUGUUGUUAACAUUUCUACUACUGGCACUGUCAGACACCUACGGAAACCAUCUUUUCCUAAUGUAGAGAAAAUAAAUUUUGAUGCUUCCUUUAUUAAUAGCUCUCUUCCAUCUGGUAUUGAACUAACUUUAAGGAAUUCUACAGGGUUCUGCGAUGGAGUGCGAUGUAUCCCUCUCAAAACAGUAGAUGUUGAACAAGCUGAUGCAUUAGGAGCAAUAGAAGCAGUUCUAUGGGCUAAGGAAAGAGGGUUUCAAAGGAUACAUCUAGAAGGGGACUGUGUGAAUGUUGUUAGAGCAAUCCAAGGUCAUCCUACCUCAGUCAAGUGGACAACAAAUAAUAUUAUUAGGGAUAUUCUCUAUUUAUUAUCUGAUUUUGAAUAUUGGGAAUGUAGUUAUGCACACAGAGAUGCAAAUAGCCUAGCUGAUUCUUUGGCUAAAUUUGCUAAAACUCAAGUAGUGUAG